AUGUCCUGGUGGGAACAGAGACAGAUGGAAACGGCAGAGCCCGUGAGAAACACUAACAGUGGACACCGGCCACUGCUGGGGGACUCCGAGUGGACUCGGCCUUCCAAGGGUCUCCUGAGCCACGUCUCCCUGUCCAAAGCAGAGGGGCAGGACGAUCUGUUUAGAUGUACAAAUGCUUACAACUGUGUUACAACUGCCUGCAGCAUUCACUCAGGUAACGUGCCCUACAGGUUUGUGGCCAUACGAGCAACAGGCCACAGCAAUUCAGGGCAGUGUAGGGAUCCAGGGACCGACUGCGCCGGCGACGGGCCGGGUGAGCACACGCCGGACAAAUCCCGAUGGGAUUUCCUUAGGCGCUGCAGAGUUUUGGAGCAUUCCAAGGAAAACGCACGAAGCCGGAGCCCACGCAGUUGGCACCAAACUGGGCGGAGUGAGGAUGCUCUGAAGGCGAAGCCAUUGGAGAGCAAGGCACUGGCCCUCAGUCCCCAGCGACUGCCGGGCUCGGGGUGCGCACAGACCGCGCUGGAAAGGCACAGUCCGGCAGGACGAGCGUCCCACGCACCGCUCUGCUUGGCGCCCGCGCGCCGGAGGGGCUGGCGCUGGGUCCCCAGGUCUGCAGCCCUCGAAAGCCUCCACCUCCCCGGGCCAACUGCCGGAGGUCAGCCAGUGGGCAGGAGCUCACCACAAGCCGGCUGUCACCCAGGCAAGUCAGUGGCGAGGGAACCCGCUCUGUGGUCCUGGACGUGGGCCAGCGCACCUCCAGGCUCCGGGCGGGCUCCGCGGGACGGGUCCGGACUUGGGUUCGCGCCGGGACCCCGCUUCUGCUCCCUGCUCCCGCGCCGGGCAACGAACACGCAGAGGGCUGGUGGCCCGGUCGCCAGCAGGAGAAAAGUAACCCGGGCAACUCUCAGAGCUCCGCUCUCCCGGGCUGGUCUGGGGCCGCAACCGCUGUCCUGGCCUCCAGGUGUCAGCCUUCCCCAGCAAGAGCGCGACGAGCGGCUUGUCACCAGCCACCAGCGUCAACGAGCUAGCCGACUGCAGGGAAUAAAUGCGGAGCACAGGAGUGCCGGCCACCCCCACCCUGCUGGGUCCUUCCAGCACACACAGGAAAUCGAGACAGAGUCUCACUUUACCACCCUCGGUAGAGUGCCAUGAUGUCACAGGACUCACAGCAACCUCCAGCUCUUGGGCUUCCGCAAUUCUCCUGCCUCAGCCUCCGAAGCAGCUGGGACUACAGGUGCCGCCACAACACCGGCUAUUUUCAGUCUUAUAUGUAGCAGCAGGGGGGCAGAACUCUCUGGCCUUGGAAACUUACAUGAAAUUGACCAGGCCAUGAAAUUCACCAAUCCUAAAAAGGUGGGGUUCCCCCUUCAGUCAGAAGUGCAGGGGGAAGGAGAUACCAAGGCCCUGGUGUCACCCCCAGCUGUCUGGCCCUUUUGGCUACAGGGGCCUCUUGGGGCCCCCCUGCCUACCCUCCAGGCUGCUGGUUUCUCUGCUGGCUGCCACUGCACCACCACCACCAGGGCUAAGGGGGCAGGUCGUGACCCCACCUGUCCUGUAUCAAAGGGUUGCAAUUUUAACAAUUUGUCAGGGUAAUCUUCAUCAAUCUGGAGACUUUGGGAAAAGAUUUGGAGGUUAGGGUGCUGGCUAUAAAGAUUAUCUGCAUUCUCUUGGAGGAGUGACAUGAGCUGACCUAGGUUUUACAAGGUAGAAUUAGAGAGACCAGUCAGGGGGGCUACUAAAAGCAACCAGGAAAUACAGCAUUGACCAAUUUGUAGAAAGUGUAGACAGAUUCAGGGUCUAGUCUGAAAAUAAAUCCAAUACGUUUUUCAAAAUGUUUGUCCAUAGGCCCUGAGUAAGGCGAAUUAAGGAUGCUAUGAGAUUUUUGGCUUAAGCAUGAAGAUGACCCUGAGUGAGGACGCUCUGUAUGGGAAAGACAGGGGAUGGCAUAUAUUCUUAUGGGAAAGGUUAGGAAUUCACUGACUGAUGUAUUAAGUCUGAGACGGCUAUCAGAAUACUCCUAAGCUGCAUGAUUUUGGAUAAACAGCAGCACCAUAAUUGCAGGGGAUUUCAACACCCCAUGGGCAGAACAGGAUAGAUCCUCCAAACAGAAAACAAGCUUUUAAUCCAGCAAAACCAUUACUAUGUAUUUACCCAAAGGAAAAGAAAAAAAGUCAUUUUAUACAAAAUACACUCCUCAUUCAAAUGUUUAUAGCUGCACAAGCAGAAUUCACAGUUACAAAGAUGUGGAAACAACCCAAGUGCCCAUUAAUACAUUGACACAGGACAGAUUGCCCCACGACUUGCCCCCUUAACCCUGGCGGUGUUGAUGCUGUGGGGGCAGGAGGAACCAGCUUGCCAGAAGGGCCCAACACCUGCGGGGAGACACUGGCUCUUGCUGUCUCCUCCCCCUGCACUUCUGGCUGGUCAAUUUCAUGGGUGGCAUUUUGCUAUCUCCUCAUGUGAGUUUGUAGGGCCUGAGAGUUCUGGCAUCUUGUUGCUGAUGGGACAAAUAGAUGUAACUGACAAAGACCCAGGCCCUAAAAGUCAACAUUAAUUUCCAGCAAAACAAUUCCCUGAAACUAUAUAAGAGAACAGACCUUGAGGGAGCAAAAGAGUUUGUUCCUCUACUGGGUUUUCUCUGCCAGGAGCUCUGGUUCUUUUGUAAGUUUUGUUCCUGUGAAUAAACUCUGUCUUAACCACUGAUCCUGUGGUCCAUGGAUUCAUUCUUUGAAUCGCCAAGACCAAGAACCUGAAACACUAGUAUCAACAUGACUGGAUUAAUAAAAUGUGGUAUAUGUAUAACAUGGAGCCCUACUCAGUAGAAAAAGUGGUGGUCUAGUAUCUUUUGUAACAACCUGGAUAGAACUGGAGCACAUUCUUCUAAGUAAAGUAUCAUAAGAAUGGAAAAACAAAUAUCACUUAAUUCUAAGUCGGAAC